CUUAUGUCAAAAGGACCAAGGAUGAUCUUUUCGGAAAGGAGGAGUAGGAGGAGUCAGCUUAUUCUAUAGAUACUGUAAAAGCCAACUCAUGUUUCCACUCAAUUUUCAUUACGAAGAUGUAUCACGUCAAGAUCCGUUGCUCAAACCGAAUCACGCCAACGUUAUGGAAGUUCCUGGAUCGUGUGAAAUAAGAGUAGUACCAAAGGCACCCUAUAAUUUCAUAAUAAAAAAUGGAAAAUUGGCUAUGGAGAUUCCGCGCGGUCAGAAAUUCAUACAGACACAAAGGGGUUCGACAGGAAAGUCCUUUCGAUCUAAUCCAUUCUUGGGGUCAAAUAAAGACAAAGGAUAUGUAAGUGACCUAGCACGACAAAGCACUCUCCGAGGGCAUGGAAUGUCUAAUUUUUCGGUCAGAAUCUCGACAGUAAUGUCUCUAUUAGAUUUUCCGGUCGAAAUACGGAAAAACUCCAUUCAAUUCUCGAUGGAAACGGAGUUUUGCGAAUUCUCCCCGGAACUGGAAGAUCAUUUCGAGAUCUUCGAACAUAUUCGGGGGUUCAAUGUGACUAUUAUCACUUCGGCCAACACACAAGAUGAGACUUUACCACUGUGGAGCGGUUUUUUGCAAAAAGAUGAGGGGGAAACUCAGUAAGAUGUCGUAGAAGCAAAAUAGUAGAGAUCACAAACGUAGAUUGCUCGCGGCUAAAUUUGAAUUGAGACGAAAGCUUUAUAAAGCCUUUUGUAAAGAUCCC